AUGAGGUGCUGGAGUAGAGUCCACUGCGCCGCUGAUGUUGCACCGGUAAAGACUGCCCCAGACUGGAUAUACGGAAGAACAACAGCCGUGCUAUCUGAGCUCAUGAUAGACACUGCUUGCACUGUUGACAAGGGCGAGGCCGUGGUUGAGACUGUAACUGUCGUACUGGUUGCUUCUGAUCUAGAGUUUCCAGGUUGCCCUGAUGAGUUGGAGGGCAAUCCAGUCGGCUGUCCAGACUCGUACACUAUCUCUAUGGCAGAUGCGGAUAUAGCAAUUAUGGAGCUGUUUGUUUCUACUCCAGCCUGUCCUAAUAAGCCCACUCCAGCUGUUUCUGAUCCUUUCCCAGACGAUAAUUCCGAAACAAAAGUGUGCGUGACAGGACAGACGGUUGUGACAGCCGGCGAUGUCAUACGGACAGGCAGCGACUGUGACGACACAGGUGGUGAGAACAGUAGACAUAAUGAAUCUAGAACCAGUCUCUUUGACAGUCUCUGUGGUUGGAUACGUAAUCCUUUCUCUCGUAGGACAGUUGGUGACGGAAAAAGGGCACGCAGUGAUGGUGGCGGCCAACGUCUCGAUGAUGAAGACCUCCAUUUUACCGAUACAUUGCUAGAAGAGUGUAAAGAUGAACCAACUGAGAACGGAAAUGCACUGGAGCUGCUAACUUAUGCAGAAGCUGCAGAGUUGAAAAUAGAUGAGGAACGAGUGAUAGAGCUGGGAAUAGAGCUAGACAAAACUACGACUGAAGACAAACGAACCGAGGUGGAGCAUCGAAGGGAAGGAUGA